AAAUGUUGAUCUCUGAGAGGCAACUAAAUUUCCAUGCGUUGGUGGCACAAUUGCCAGGUUAUGCAUUCGCAGAAACAAAGUUGUUUACUCCUUGUUUUGUCAAGUACCUUUUUCUCAUCUCUUCCUUUCUUUUACGUUUCAGUUUCAAAAAGAAAGACAAGUUAAAAUGAAAGCCGUCUAUCUUCUUGUCUUUUUGCUUUUUUACGCUUGGGAACAUCCUGCCACACAUGCCAUUGAUGUAGCCACAAUAGCAGCAAACGGCUUUCAUAAUGACCGUGUGAGACGCGUCGUCGACUUGACAAGUAGUGUUGUAAAGGAAAAAAUAACUCUAAAAGCUACAAAUAUGGGUGGAAAGCCAAUGGACCGAUACUACUUCACUAUCCCAUCUGCCUAUAAAGAUCAUAUUGCUUAUCAUCAGGCCUAUCAUUUACCGUAUGGACUGAGCAACGAGGAUCUAGCGAUAACAUAUAUUGGUAUUGACUCUAAAGUAGGGCUCCAUGUUUUUGCAGUUCAACUUGAUAAACCUGUAAAUUCCGCAGAGCAAUUGAAGAUUGGUAUCAACCUUUCUUAUGUUCAUUUCAUCGGUCCUUUUCCAGCAAAGAUACCACAGCUAUCCAAACAGCAUGUCACUUUCAUAGGAACUAUUUUUUUGGUAUCUCCAUAUGAGACAAGUGAAAUCAAGUCUACAUUCAAAUUUCCCAGUAAUAGAGUUGACAGUAAUCUUCUAGAAGGGGUGAGCUACGAUAGUAAGGUUGUAGGUAAUACAAUUAUUUACGGAACUUUUAAAGACGUACCACCAUUCACGAAAGCACGCGGUAGCUUUCAUUACGAAUAUUUGAAACCAAUGGUAACAAUAACACGGUUGGAAAGACAUAUGGAAGUUUCGCACUGGGGCGGAAACAUGGGUGUUGAAGAGCAUUAUGAUCUACAGAAUGAUGGUGCAGACUUGAAUUCGAUUCCCAAGGAUGCUACAGAUAUUUAUUAUCGCGACGAAGUUGGCAACGUAUCCACUUCUCAUUUUCGCAAAGAAAUAACCAAAUCAUACCUGCAGAUACAACCAAGAUUUCCUGUCUACGGUGGGUGGAGAUCAAGUUGGUAUAUGGGCCACAAUGUACCUUUGCGGCAGUUUCUACGUCAUGACUCGAAAGCAGACAGAAAAUAUAUCUUGAAAGUCAACCUAGUAGAUAACGUAAAGGAGAAAACGAUCAACGACAUUGAAUUCAAAGUUACCCUGCCCGAAGGCGCUACCGAUAUCGAGCUUUCAGUUCCUCCACACAUUGAAUUUGAUUCGAUUGAGAAAACGAUGCAUUUCACGUAUUUUGAUUCUGUAGGGCGACCGACUAUUGUGUUUAGAAAAACAUACGUAGUAUCAGAUCAUGAAGUGCCCAUUUUUAUAUCGUAUAACUAUUCGACUUUGCGUCUUUUACAGAAGCCGUUGGUUACUUCUUCAGCAAUCUUUUUCUUAUUUUUACUAAGCAUAUGCGCAUCAAAAUUUUUAUGGACAGUUACUAGUGACAUUGCAAAAGUUUCCGAUACAGUUACUCAGCCGUCAAAUGAAAAACAACAGGUAUUUACAGAGAGCAAAACCUUACAAUCAUUAUCUACGAACUCUGUUGGUCUCAAUGCAACGAUCAAAAAGAGAAAACAACAGAAAAAGAAAAAAUAAGAGUCUAUUUUAUUUAUGAAUGGAUCCAUCAGUGUAUAACCGCACCUACAGCCU